GGAAAUGUAAAAAGUAAUUUUUGUGAUUUUGCAUUUGUUGAUAUUUAUUUUUAAUAUAUAAUACAACUUGGGUAUUUUUCAAAGUUUAGAUGUAGAAGAAUAGAAGAUCCCAAAAUUGUCUUAUAAGCAUAAGCAUCGAUGAACAAAACCGGUGGUUGAUUAGUUACUCACUCACACCCAACGCCGUCCGACGUAUACCAACGGCCGAUCACCGUUUCUCGUGAAACCUUCUAACAAUCUCAUAUACGGUUCAUUUUCUUGUUCUCCAAUGGAUCCCGCCACCACUCGUCCGGCUGUAGUCAUCGACAAUGGCACUGGGUACACGAAAAUCGGAUUUGCCGGUAAUGUUGAGCCCUGUUUUACAAUCCCUACUGUAGUUGCUCUAAACGAGUCGUUUCUCAAUCAAAGACGACCCACUUCCAAAAAGGGCAGUAAUUGGCUGGGGCAGCAUAAUGCAGGAAUUUUGGCUGAUCUCGAUUUUUACAUAGGCGACGAGGCGUUGUCUCGAUCGAAAUCGAGCAGCACGUACAACCUGAGCUAUCCAAUCAAGCACUGCCAGGUGGAGAAUUGGGAUUCGAUGGAGAGGUUCUGGCAGCAGUGUAUAUUCAACUAUCUGCGCUGUGAUCCGGAGGAUCACUACUUCCUACUGACCGAGAGCCCGUUGACUGCACCUGAGAGCAGGGAGUAUACUGGAGAGAUCAUGUUUGAGACGUUCAAUGUGCCAGGGCUUUAUAUUGCCGUGCAGCCUGUGCUUGCCUUGGCUGCUGGAUACACGACGGCUAAGGAGUUCAAUAAGCAUGAUAAGGAGCCAGCAAAGUAUAUUAAACAAUGGAGAGGUACUAAACCGAAAACUGGGGCCCCAUACUCCUGUGAUGUAGGCUAUGAACGUUUUCUCGGCCCCGAGGUUUUCUUCAAUCCUGAAAUUUGCAGUAGUGAUUUCACGAUGCCUUUGCCUGAUGUCAUUGACAAAUGCAUUCAGUCAGCACCAAUAGAUACAAGAAGAGCUUUGUAUAAGAGUACAAAACUUGUUCGAUUGCAGAACAUCGUGUUAUCCGGAGGCUCAACCAUGUUCAAAGAUUUCAACAGAAGGCUACAAAGGGAUCUAAAAAAAAUUGUUGAUGCCAGACUUGGUGGAGGGUUAACGGCAGAACCUGUGGAAGUAAAUGUCGUCAGCCGCCCGAUCCAGAGAUACGCAGUUUGGUUUGGAGGCUCGGUUCUUGCAUCCACUCAAGAAUUUUUCACGGCUUGUCACACAAAAGCCGAAUACGAGGAAUAUGGGGCAAGCAUAUGCCGGACGAACCCUGUUUUCAAGGGAAUGUACUGA